AUGUUCCAGAACUACAAGAGCACAGUAAAAAGAGCCCAGUGCACACUGCAGGAUCCAGAGAGGGUUUCAGGAGCUCUGAUCAAUGUGGCAAAGCACCUGGGCAACCUGAAGUUCAGAGUCUGGGAGAAGAUGCAGGAGACUGUUCAGUACACUCCUGUGACUCUGGAUCCCAACACUGCACACCCAAAACUCAUCCUGUCUGAGGAUCUGACCAGUUUGAGAUGUGAUAAUAAGAAACAGCAGCUUCCUGAUAAUCAAGAGAGAUUUGACAUGUGGGGUGAUGUCCUGGGCUCUGAGGGCUUUAACUCAGGGACUCACUGCUGGGAUGUGGAGGUUGGAGAGAACACAUGGUGGUAUGUGGGUGUGAUGACAGAGUCUCUCCAGAGGAAGGGAGACUACACCUCCAUGAGUGGAUACUGGUAUGUGUGGUAUUAUGAUGCUGCAUAUGGAACAUGUGCUGCUCCUCAUGACCCCACUCCCCUCACAGUGUAUCAGAAACCCCAGAGGAUCAGAGUGCAGCUGGACUGGGACAGAGGAAAGCUGUCAUUCUCUAACCCUGAUAAUAACAAACACUUACACACUUUCACACACAGGUUCACUGAGAGGGUUUUUCCAUACUUUUUUACUGGCAGAAAUGUCCCUCUGCGGAUGUUACCAGUGAAGGCCUCAGUAAGAGUAGAGCAGCACAGUUAGAGCUGAUACUGACUCUGAACCAGGGAUGACAUACUGAGAGGGAAACCUAUAGGAGAGGAGACUAUGAAGAAACAAAGCCAUUUAAUAAACAGUAAAAAUAUGUCUCAUUGUGUGGAUAUAAUGUUAAAGGUACUGUAUGCUAAUGCCCGCCUCAUUUAACUUGCUAGGUACUGCACUGUGCCCAGUUUUAUUUCUAUACCACAGUAUUGUGGUAUUUGAUAAAAAUUGGAUUGGUAAAUGAAUGAGGACAAUAAAACAUUA